GGGUUCACAGUGUCUGAUUCGCUGAAGGGUAUUGUGUUGGAGGGCGCCUCACAUAAUGUCAUUGAUAACGUCGAGGUGAAAAAUAUUAAACAAGAGGGCGUCCACUUUAGGUGGGGUUCCAGCGAUAAUGUGCUAAAGAAUUCAAAGAUUCACCUGACAGGCCGUGGGACGAAAAAGGAUCAAGGUUUUGGUGAAGGUGUUUAUAUUGGUCAAGCUGUUAAUAAUUGGCAAGGUGGACAGCCGGACAAGAGUGACCGCAAUCAAGUGCUCAACAAUCAUAUCGGACCCGAUGUGGCCGCAGAGUGUAUUGAUAUUAAGGAGGGCUCGUGUUGUGGUGUGAUCAAGGGCAAUUAUCUGGAUGGCCAUGGUGAGACUGGCGAGAAUUAUUCAGAGAGUUGGGUUACUGUAAAAGGAGAUUACUACGAUGUCCAGGACAACACUGGCACCAGCCCUAAAUUAAAUGGAUUUGACAUUUACCGUAUUGCCAAAGCAGGCGUUGGUGGCUGUCAUAAUACCAUCAUGAAUAACAAGUGCAAUGGCAUACCAGCCGGCGGUCACUGUACUGUUAAUACUAUGAAAAACUGUGGUAAUAUCGUACAGGGU